CUGUGGGGUUGAUAUUACAGAUGUGCUCCAGAUCCAGCAGCUACCCUAAACAACACGUAGGUGAUGCUGCAAAAUGUUGAUUUAUUCCUCUUCACCGUCAAACACCACUGGAACGCGUAGAGAUACAAUAUGCAUCUCCCAAUGUUGAAACCAAAAGCAAUUAGACUACCCCUGAUCACAUGAUACGAUGCAGACAAUGGCGUUGGCGGAAAACAAUUGCAAGUCCGCGACUCCGAAUCCCGCGUAGCCUGCGGAGCGGAGGACGACUUUAGGCAGAUAGCAUCCUUCGCGAUUCACGACUAGCUACAAAACUCAUCAAAACGCCUAACCUUUACCAGGCGAACCCAUCGGCAGAGAUUGCUAACUGCCCACAAUGGUUUCCUACAAAGAAAUACAAGCCUCCAACUCACUCAUCAACGACGCAACGGCGCCCCGUGUCUCCGUUUUCGUCGGCGGCACAUCAGGCAUCGGAAAGUUUACAAUCAAAGCCCUCGUGUCUACGGGUGCGAGCGUGAGAAUCUACCUCGUUGGACGCAAGAGCUCUGAAGAGCCUGCGCGGGCUUUCAUUCAAGAAUUAAACGCCAUCAAUCCCAAGGCGGAAAUCGUUUGGACCGAGGGCGAGGUCUCGCUUCUCGCUGAGGUCAAGAGAAUAUGUGAGCUCAUCAAAAAGGCGGAAUCACGCGUCGAUUUACUCUUUCUUACCGCGGGCUAUGCGCCAUUCGGUACGCGAAAGGAGACCAGUGAGGGUGUGGAAGUCGCACAGAGCUUGGAAUACUAUUCGCGGAUGCUGUUCAUCCAUCAUCUUCUCCCUGUCCUAGGUGCAUCUGAGGCUCCUAGGGUUAUCAGUGUCUUGGGAGGUGGGCUAGAGAAGUCAAGCGUCAAUGUGGAUGACUUGGACUUGAAGAAUCCCGGAAAUUUCAGCGGCAUCAAAGCACAGAUACAAUACGUCACAAUGAACACGGCCUAUCUGGAGAAGCUGGCCGUCCAAAAUCCCAAUGUGACGUUUAUUCACUCCUGGCCCGGAUGGGUCAGUACGGGAAACGUGAGGAGGGGCUGGGAUGAAGGUUCGAUUGUAGCUCGGAUCUUUUGGUUUAUCCUCGAGCCAAUCAUCUAUUACUUUGGGUUUAGUGACGAGGAGUCUGGGCAGAGGAACUUGUUUCAAUGUACCAGUGCUGCCUUUGGUGGUCGUGGGAUACCUUGGGCAGGGAAGAAGGGAGUCAACUCGCUCGAAAAGUCGGAAGAUGGGCUGUUUCUGGUCAGCUACAACUGCGAUUGCACUCCGAAUGCUAAAGCAAUGCCUCAACUUCGGGAAUCGUCACAGGAAAAGAUUUGGGACCACACGCAACGACUUCUUCAACCAUAUCUAUAAGCCAGAAGCUUAUACUACAAAAGUUUAAUGUUUACCACUACCUGUGAUAGUUUCAUAAUUUGAAAGAUUGAUAUCCCCCCUCUUAGAAUCUAAGACUCUUUAUUUCUGAUAUGCAUCCCAUGCAGCGGUACCAGGCUUUAUAAACUCUCGCGCAUCUGCCACAAGCUCGGUUGGGGAAUCCCAGGAAGCGAAAUGACCGCCAGAAGAGUAGUGGUUGAACCAGACAAUGUUUCC